AUGGCAACCUCAUCCCGUGCAAAUUCCCAUCAGCGGAGCCCAGAGGAGAUGCCACCUCCUUGCCAAAAUGGCCACCCCACAGGCCUUCCAACAUUGCUUUCUCUGGCCUUACCAAACCAAGACCCCUUGCUAUAUUCUGAUCCACAACACAAUUCCAUCAUAGUGAGUGCCGGUUCCAGAUCAGUGACAUUGCCUGGGGAUCUGAGCAAGAUCAGUGGUAACCCUGCUGCUGCCCUAGCAGUAGCUGUGAAAAUAGAGGAUAUGGGGGAGGAGCCUGUGACUGUCCUGGACAUUGUUCAGGGCAAUGUGGGCAUUGUUGCCAACAAGAUGAUGCUCAUGCAGGAGAGGGCCUUGGAAGAACUCAAGGUUGCGACCCGGAUGCUCAUCGAAGGCACUGGUGGUGAUGAUCAUGGCCUCUCACAUCUUCAGAAGCACAUUCAGGUUAGGCCUGACAUCACACCGGCCGUGCUUCUAGCAGCUCACCAUGUGCAGCUGGAGAUCCUCGUUGCCAUCAAAACCGGGAUCGUGGCGUAUCUCCAUGAAAAUGUCAACACGCCUCGGAGCCGUCUCGUUGAGGUUUUCUUUGAUGAGAGGUGCAGGAACAUGGCCUGCCAGAGUGCCCUCCCUGCCCGGGGCUGCAGGUGUGGGAUCUGCUUCUUCAGGAGAGGCUUCUGCAGUCUCUGCAUGUGUGUGUUCUGCAACCAGUUUGAUUUCAACGUCAACACAUGCUGCUGGAUUGGAUGUGAUGGCUGCUCCCACUGGACUCACACUGACUGCGCAGUUCGUGAGGGGAUGAUCAGAAGUGCACUGGCGGUUAAGGAUGGGAUUGGCCAUGCUCAGACUCUGUUCAUCUGCACGGCCUGCCAUGGGACUUCUGAGCUGCUGGGGUGGGUCAAGAGUGUGUUCCAACAUUGUGCUAGGAUUUGGGACGUCGAUACAUUGUCGCGAGAACUUGAGUAUGUUCAUAAGGCAUUCGGUGUAAGUGAGGACAUGAAAGGGAAGAAAUUGUUCGAGAAAUGUGGUGAUCUGAUUGAAAGACUAGAGGCUUUUCCGGCUGAAUCUGCGAUUCCUGAAGUCCUGCUACAGGCACUCCAAGAGCUUGAGCUUGAUGAAGAUGAAGUUCCCGAGAUCACUGACGAUGAAGAACUGGUGCAGCAGAACACUGAUCUCGACGAUGUCUGCAACUAUCAGUUCUCUGAUUACGUUCAAGAGGCUGUCGAAACGAUGGAAAUUGCUGCAGAUAAGAGAGCCGAAGCGAACAAGAAGACUCGCCGUACUGUGGCGACGAGCACCGGCGGCGAGCUCGUGGCAAUGGAGUGGCCGAGGAAGAAGGAGCAGGGCAAGCAGGCCGUGGAGCUCAUGGUGGCGGAGGAGCUGCACCGCGUCAUCCGGCUGAAGAAGGCCGAGGCCGAGAUGUUCCACCACAAGGCGAAGGAGGCGCAGCAGGAGGCCGAGCGGCUGCAGUUCGUGGCCAUGGCGAAGCUGCAGAAGGCGGAGCGGGACUACGCCGACCUGUACCUGAAGCGCCGGCUCGAGGAAGCCGAGGCCGAGAAGGAGCUCCUCUCCCACAAGCUCAACAACACGGAGGAGAACCAGCAGAGGCUGCUGGCGAGCGGCGGCGGCGCCGGCGCCGGCGCCGCCGUGCCGGCGCAGAACAUGAUGCUGUGCAAGAUCCUCGACGCGCUGAGCGGCAUGCCGGCCUCGUCGUCCAAGUCGGCCGCCAUCGUGUCCAAGGCGCACGAGCUGCUUCGCGAGGCCCUCAGCAUGCCGCGCUCCAGCCUCACUUCUGCCGUCGUCUGCGCGCGCGGGAGGGAGGAAGACGAAGACCCCCUGCAGAUGGUGAUGCUGCACGAGAUCCAUGACCUGGUAAUUACCAUGAUCAAAUCGAAGUGACGACAUGUUUGUUAUCGAUCCGGUGUACUGGUAAUCUCUCUCUUUGGACUCUGGAAAAAAAUACUGUUCCAAGCUAUAGUAGACUGUUCAUCAGUGGAUUGAUUGUGUUUUACCGUUUACCUGUACUGCAGUUUAUCAGUCAAAUACUCAGUUUUUUACUGUCUAAGUGCUU